GCCCUAAUACUGUUUAUAUAUUUUGUAUAGUAAACUAAUACGCCACCUAUAAACGUGGACGAAUGCUCUGUCGCUUGUUGAUGACGUAACCAGGAACUUGAACCAGAACACGCGUUACAACUGGAGCUGUAAACACUGAAGCGUGCCUUGGAUGCCGGGCUUGAGGAAGGUAACAUCAUGGCAUCCUCACUGGGUAAACUGGGAUUCAACAAUAAGAUGAUUUUAGCACCCAUGGUGAGGGUAGGAACUCUACCUAUGAGACUUUUGGCAUUGGACUAUGGUGCAGAUAUCGUCUACUGUGAGGAACUGAUUGAUCUCAAAAUGGUUCAGUGUGAUAGGGUUGUGAAUCAUGUCUUGGAGACUGUGGACUUUAUAGCACCAGAUGAAAGGGUUAUGUUCCGCACCUGUAAUAAAGAGAAAGACCACGUUGUCUUUCAGAUGGGAACAGCUGAUCCAGAGAGAGCACUGGCAGUAGCCAAACUUGUUGAGCAUGAUGUGGCUGCUAUUGAUGUGAAUAUGGGAUGUCCAAAGGAAUACUCUACCAAGGGCGGAAUGGGAUCUGCGUUACUUUCUGACCCUGACAAGAUUGAGGCUAUUCUGACCAGACUAGUGCGGGGAAUUUCAAAACCAGUGACCUGCAAAAUCCGAAUCCUUUCCACUUUGGAGGAAACAGUGAGUUUGGUGAAAAGAAUUGAAAAAACAGGUGUAGCAGCAAUAGCAGUGCACGGCAGGAUGAAAGAGGAGAGACCAAGGCAUGCCGUCCACUGUGAUUACAUUCGAGCUGUAGCUGAAAAUGUGUCUGUUCCAGUGAUCGCAAAUGGUGGCUCUCUUGAUCCCAUAAAAACAUAUGAUGAUAUUGAGCAAUUUCGAGAGUCUACAGGAGCAUCCUCUGUCAUGUUAGCUCGGGCUGCCAUGUGGAACCCUUCUAUAUUUCGCUGCCAGGGAAUGGUGUCUGUAGAUGAGGUUAUGGAAGAAUAUGUCAAAUAUGCUGUUCGCUAUGACAACAACACAUUCAACACUAAAUACUGCCUGUGCCAGAUGUUAAGGGAUAGGGUGGAAUCGCCAAUGGGCAAACAACUUCAUGCAGCACAGACCAAUAAAGAAAUCUGUGAGGUGUUUGGAAUGAGUGAUUUCUAUAAGAAAGCCCAGGAUGAAUUGGAGGUCCGCAAAAAAGCCCUUGAUGCCAACAGCAGCAGUCUUCCAGACCAGCCUGUACUGGACGGCGAUGUCAUCACUAUGGCUAUCAAGUUUGAAAGGAGAGAGUAUCCCCCUCAGAUCACCCCAAAGAUGUACUUGUUAGAAUGGAGCAGGAAGGAAAAGCUGGAGCAGCCUUUGUAUAAAACGGAGCAACGUGCCCAAGACAGAUGUUUUCAGUCUACAGUAAUAGUGGCAAAUAAAAAGUAUAGGUCCACACUAUGGGAGAAGUCAAAGAAAUUUGCUGAACAAGCUGCUGCUAUUGUGUGUUUGCGCACUCUCGGUGUACCCGAGGGUCGUAUUGGAGAGGGCUACUCAGGACUGGUAAACAAGAGAAAAAGGGAAGAGAAAAAAAGCACCAUUUCAGAGGACAACAACAUUACAGACUUAGCACACAGGAAGAGACGGCUCACUGAGCCAUCGCAAAAAGAGGAACAAGUAUCAAAUGACAGUCUGGUAGUAGUGAAUGGCUCCUGUGGUCAGACUGUGUCUUGGCCAUGAUUAGAUGACCAUUGCUCACAUUAUGGACUCUCAACAAGGAGUGAGUCUGCUGCUGUGUGGCUGCAUUUUAUUUGCAGUGGUGCACCACAACAUAUCUGAAUCGUACAGAGACUAUUGGAGACUAUUGUAUAAAUGUUUUAAGUUCUAUUUCUCAUUAUGUUUAUAUGCAGCACAUGCUCUUAUUAUAAUGCACACCUACUUAACCUGCACAAUCUGAGCAGCCCAGAUACCCGGUAAUGCUACAACCUUUUAAUUGUCACUAUUAUUAUAAUAAAAUAAACCAACCGCAGAAUAUCUGGUCAGCCAUGGCUCUAUGGUGGUCCCUAUACAUUGAUGGAUGGAUGUAAGAGGACUGACAAAUUGCUCACAGAAAAAUGAAAAGAAAUCUACAGUAUGUAAUGUCACCUUUUUGGGAGUUGCACCCCUUAAUGUGGCAAUUAAGUUAUUUUUUUGAAUACAUGUGGUGACAUUUAGGUAAUAUUGUUGGGAAGGGUUUCUUAAUACAGGUCUUAGUGCUAACUGGGUGAGUUAGAGGAGAGAAGCAGCAAAAAGUGCAGAGUAUUAGUACUAGGAUUGAGAAACCCUGUUCUAGUCGGUAUGGAUAAUGUCCCAAUGUACCUCAUCGAAUCCUGAUAUAAGUGUAGAAUCACUGGCACAGACCACAAGGAGGCUUUUACCUGUUGACCACACAUCUAGUAUGUGGUAUAAACCAAAAACCUGCAAAUUAUGCAUUUUUUCAUCUAUUACAUGUUUCUUGGGCUUACCUGAGGCCUUAAUGGACCGGUUGUUGGGUGGCUGUUUAUUAUUUAAUCUCCGAUUACUUGAAUUAAAACAUGUUAAAUGUAUAAUGUGAUAAAUGUGGUGUUGUUGUUUUUUUAUCUUUAAUUGACUUGCACAUCACAAAAUUUCUGAAGUAUUAGACUGUAUUGUGUGUUUUUUCAAUGUAGUAUGAUGCAAACUUUACAGCAUAUAAGAAUGCUUUUCACUGAUGUACCAGUGUUUAAAGAGCGUUAAUACAGAAACCUUGACCAACUAAGUAAUAUGUUCUCAGCACUUUGAACGAUGUAGAAUAAGAGGACUGACAAACAGUGCUGUAAAUUCACGAGUUAAAUAAAGUUAUGGCUUUACUUUUCA